UGUCGUUUGUUUGAUUAUACGUGUUAAGUUUUGCUUUCAACGAAUACUUUCGCAUUUUUCUAAAUCUCUAGAUGUAGACUUGACUGUCACUAGAGUCACAGAGUGUGACUAGAGUGACCAGAGACAGCGUAGUCUAGAGUCUAGAGCUUGAUAUAGAUCUACUUGUACUUACGGUACUAGAUCUAUUUAGAUCUAGACUAAUAAUAGACUGAUUCAUACUGUUCCAAGAUCAUCAUGAGAAGAAACACAAUAACUCUUCUCAAGUAUGGAGUUGGUAGUGCUGUACUCAUAGCUUCUGGUGUCUUCUUACUUCACUCAAUACAUUGGAUGAGGCUGCAUUCCAACGACUUAGCUAAUGACAAGAAUGUAAAGCCUUCACUAGAAAAGGUAUUUGAAGAAAUCCUUGAGAAAACCAGGCCAGUGGAAGAGAAAAUUGAUUGGCAUGAUCACAAGUACAUUGAGGAGGAAUUGAAGCGACAAGGUCCAGGUGAGCAAGGUUCAGCCUUCAAACUGUCUCCAGAAGAUGAACUACAGAAGAAUAUAUUAUACAGAAGUAAUGGGUUCAAUGCCCUGGUCAGUGACAAAAUAUCAUUACAGAGAUCUAUUAAAGACAUCAGACAUCCUCACUGUAAAAGCAAACAGUAUGUUAAGUUCUUACCAACUGCAAGUUUCAUACUUCCAUUUCACAAUGAACAUUUGUCUACUUUGUUGAGAUCAGUGUACAGUAUAAUCAAUAGAGCACCUAAAGAACUUGUGAAGGAGAUCAUUUUGACUGAUGAUCACAGUGAUAAAGAUGAGUGCAAGAAGCCACUGGAUGAUUAUGUCAAGGAACAUUUUACCAAUGUGAAAAUUGUCCGAGCUGAGAAAAGAGAAGGAUUGAUUCGAACAAGGUUGUUAGGAGCACGGCAUGCUACUGGAGAGGUUCUUAUUUUCCUCGAUUCCCACAUUGAAUGUAACAUCAACUUUUUGCCUCCACUUCUAGAGCCCAUUGCUCAGAACUACAGAACAGUUGUUUGCCCAUUCAUUGAUGUCAUUGAUUAUGAAAACUUUGAAUAUCGAGCUCAGGAUGAGGGUGCAAGGGGAGCUUUUGAUUGGGAGUUUUACUAUAAGAGGCUACCUCUUUUAGAGGAGGAUAAGAAAAAACCUUCUGAGCCUUUUGCCAAUCCUGUGAUGGCUGGGGGACUAUUUGCCAUCAGUAAAGAAUGGUUCUGGGAGCUUGGUGGCUAUGAUCCUGGUCUAGAUAUUUGGGGAGGUGAACAAUAUGAGCUUUCAUUUAAGAUUUGGCAAUGUGGUGGUACAAUGGUUGAUGCCCCUUGUUCAAGAAUUGGGCAUAUAUAUCGCAAAUUUGCCCCAUUUUCUAAUCCAGGAGUUGGUGAUUUUCUGGGUCGAAACUAUAAACGUGUUGCUGAAGUUUGGAUGGAUGAGUAUGCUGAGUAUAUUUACAGCCAUCGACCACACUACCGUAGUUUGGAUGCUGGAGAUCUAACAAGCCAAAAGGCCAUCCGGCAAAAGCUCAACUGCAAACCUUUCAAAUGGUUCAUGGAAGAAGUAGCCUUUGACCUGGUCAAGUUUUACCCACCAGUGGAGCCACCUGCCAUGGCUAAGGGCACAAUUCGCAACAUGGCUAUUGAUUUAUGUAUAGAUACAAAGUUCAAGAGCCAGGGUGAUACAUUUUCUGUUGAAACAUGUGCUGACUCAACAGCAAGAGCUAAGGAACAGCAAUUCGAAUUGACCUGGCAUAAAGAUAUUCGACCUCAAGGGCGUUUACUCUGCUUUGACGUAUCGGAAAGCAAGCCCAGAACUUCUGUGAUAUUAUUCAGUUGCCAUGGAAUGCAAGGAAAUCAAAGAUUUAAGUAUAAUGUGGAUACCAACCAGAUUUUUCAUCCCAUUAGUGGUUUGUGUAUGGAUACAGACUCAACUACAAAAGAGGUGUACAUGAAUCCUUGUGAUGUGACCAUCAAAACUCAGGAGUGGCAGUUUGAAAAACCUAAUUUAGAUGCUUUAAAAGCUGAUAAUUAAAUAUCUUUCAUAAAGAUUAUUUUUGAAAUUUGUAUAAACCAAAUUAAAAUAUAUAUACUUGUAAUGGUUUCUAGAAAGAUGUCAUAAUUACUUGUACAAAAUUUAUCAUUUUACACUGUAAAAAAAAAAACGUUUUUACACAACAAUACUUUUAAUAACAUCAAUUGUAUACAUAUUAUGUGUGCUGAUAAAACAGGUUGAUAAAUAGAUUACAGAUAUAUUUUUUUUUAAUUGCUUUAUUUAGCUCAUCUUUCAUGCUUAGUGCGGGAUGACCCAAUAUCUUUUUUUUUGUACCAGUGUUGGGAGGGGGGAUCUGGGAGAAGUUAUCCAAGCUGUCUUUAGGUGCUCAGCAAAUACAAUCUACUCAAGUUGGGAUUCAAACUUAAGCCCCCCUUGUUAGAUGGCCGAGCUGUAGCCGAGCAGUAUUUUACUUUGUAAGAAAAUUAUAUUUUGACAGUAGUGUGAUUUAAGUUUCUCCAUAUUAUUUUAAUUAGAAGAAAUGAAAACCAAAUCUAUUUGUAAAAUGCUUAAUGACAUGAGAUGUGUACUAAGGUUUUCACCACAUCUCUUGAAGACUCAAGACUGUUGCUGACAAACUGGUGUUUUUUUUUAACUAAUGUAUUUGUUUUGUUUUUUUAAGUUUACAUACAUUGACUCAACCAUUUUUUUUUAAGAAACAUCUUUCUUAUGAUGUGUUAAAGCAUGUAUUCCUCUUAACUGCCCUCCAAAAAAGGCCUUGCUUGUUGCACAUUAUGGCAGUUUAACAAUUAGCUGUUGUUGAUUUUUCUGCAGAUGUGAUUGUUUUUUGUUACGUUUGGAGAGAAAUGAAGUGUUGUAAAUUUUAAGUUGUUACCUUUCAUGAUUAGGUAAUGACAUUAAAUAUGUGUUUAUCCAUUUAUAGUUUAGAAAAAAUGUUAUCCCUUGUUCUGGUGCACUAAGUAAAAGAUUAAGGAAUUAUAUUGAGUGUUGGUGAAGAUUUUGAGAUUUUUUAAAUGGCAAUCUGGAAUUGUACCCUUGACUUGCAAUGGACUGCAUUCACAUUCAUUUAUAUUAAACUUAUUACACCUGCUAUGACUAAGUUAUUAUAUGGAUAACUAGCCUUUAUCCAUUGGCAAUGUAUUUUUUAUUGAAAUAUCUUUAAAAAAUGAAAGAAAUUUAAAACAUCAGGCCAUAUACCAUAUGGAGUCUUAAAUAAAUGAUGUUAUUUUAAAGGGACCAAGUUUUGAGUAUUUCAUGUUUUUUAAGUAAUAGAUAAAAAAAAAUUCUAGAAUCCUACACUAUAGUAGAAUAGUAAGUACAUUACCCCUUUCAACCUGCCAUCCAUGGGGCAUAUUAUGUCAUCUUUAUCUAUAGCUGAAGCUUAACAACCAUCAAGAACCUAUUAGAGUUGAGUGGGGUACCCAAAGAGUUGGGCAUCCUAAUUUUGAUUUUAAAUCACAGUGUUUGGAACUCAAAACCUCUCAUUUCAGAAUCCAAAUGCUUUACCGCUCAGCCACCAAUCCCCCUAUACCUAGUGAUGGCAGUUUUGUUUUUUAAUGAAAACAGAAAACAUGCUUACAGUGUGAUGUUGGCAUCUUUGAUGAUGUAUGAUGUAUUUAAAAUGAUACUUUUAUCCUGGAGCAAGGGAAGAUAAUUUAACUUUACCUUAACAAGGUGUAUUAUGUAACCACAUUUGAUAUAUAUAUAUAUAUAUAUAUAUAUAUAUAUAUAUAUAUAUAUAUAUAUAUAUAUAUAUAUAUAUAUAUAUAUAUAUAUAUAUAUAUGUGUGUGUGUGUGUGUAUAUAUAUAUAUAUAUAUAUAUAUAUAUAUAUAUAUAUAUAUGUGUGUAUGUAUGUAUGUAUGUAUGUAUAAAGAAUUAGUCAUUUCUGAUGUUUCCUUUCAAUUUUCAGUUAACUUUUCUUUGCUUCUAUUAUGAUGUGAAUGUUGCUUUUUUUUUUUUUUAACUUUAUAAUUAUUAUUUAUUAAUUAAGAUAUAUUUAUUUUCUAUGUACAUUUUUCUCUUCAGUCACAAUUCACUUAGACAAUGUUGAUUUUAUUGAAAUUGAGAAUGAGGGUGAUUGUGAUAGGGUAUAUAGCUGUAAAAUGUUGCUUUAAAAUUAUAUAAUAUAUAAAAUUAUAUAAUAUUACCCAACUUCAAAGACUUCAAAAAAAAAAAAAAGUUGACAACUUUGGGAUGUGUGAUUGACAAUGUUUAUAUUUUUCCUCAUGCAAAGUUAUCUCAGGUUGUCCCAGAAGUAAAAUAUAUUGACCUGCACUGCUAUUGUCAUGGGUUAUUUAUUCUUAUGGACUGUUUUGCUUUACAAUAUGUUGAUGAGAAAUAUUGUACUUUCCAUUUUGAAACCAAAUAUAUUUGAAGAAACUAUUACAACCCAUUUCAAAUUAUUAUCAAAUGUCAAAUGACACACAACAAUAAUUUUAUUCUUUCAAUAGGGCAUACAAAUGUGAGUUAUCAUAUUGGAUCCUGUAUUUACACUCUUGAGAAAUCUACUUUUAAAAAAAAAUUGUAAUACUUUUUCAGUGGUACCAAUACACUGGUACAAUGGAAAAAAAAAAUGUCAAUAAGCUUAAAAAUAGUGUGUACAAUUCCUAAUGUUUACUAUUUGUAACUAUUUUUUCACUAAUACUUAUUUUAACACUAAUAAUAUUUUUUUAAUGUCGCUUAUUACUACAAUGUAAUUACAUAUUUAGUGUCCAGAUGUACAUCUAUAUUUUUCAGAUUAAACAAACUGUGACUGUCACUGACAAAUCCUUUCAUUUGGUAAUACCUCUCAAAAUAAUGCUAUAAUUGACUUUCUGUCUUAUAGCCUGUUGCAAUGGCUGGGAUUUGGGCUGCCAACAGCCCUUUAUCCCCUUUCAUGAGUCAUUCAGUUUAUUCCAAGUGUAACUAAAGCUUUUAAUGUCAGGCUGAAAUUCAGUUUUAGGUAUCUUAUUAUGUUAGUUUAGUUAGAAAUGCAAAGCCCCACCUUCUUUUUUACUUUAUACUCUCCUGCAAUUAGGCAAAGGUCUUCUGCUGGGGAAUUACAAUUGUGCAUUUUUUUUCUAGAUUGUCGAAUGUGAUCCAUAAGCAUUUUUUUGACACAUUUUUUACUAAUUUUCUAAGCUUUUUAGCUGAUCAUAAUUAGAAAAUUUAUUUUAAAAUAUUUCAUUUUUUGUUCUUUGUGAUGUAAUUUACCAAGUUUUAUCAUGAUUAAGCAGUCACAUCUUUCUGAGCCACAUCAUGACAACUUUCUAUGCCAAUGAACAUGAUUUAUUAUUGUAUUAUUUCUUAUCAUGAUUUCAAUGUUUCCUUAUAUUGUUGACACAUUCUCCUUUCAAAAAGUAUUAAAUUUUUCUUUAUUAUGCUAUGACAAAAGGUAAUACAAUUAAAAGUGUACUUUUAAGCCACUGCCAUUAUGAAUGAUAUCAAUCAUAAAUUUUUUCAGUAUCUAAAAAUAUAUAUUCCAUUUAUACUUCCUAUACUUAAAUAUAUAUUAUAUAACUUGUUAGUCAGUUGUUUGUCUUUAAAACUGUAUUCUUUCAACUUUUAAUCCAUCAUAGGCUAAAAGAAGAAAUUAUCCCAGCAUGAAAUUCAAAGUCAAUAUUAUUUGAUUCCUUAUUAAAGAACUAAUUUUGAGCAAUUAGCCUAAAAACUGUUUACAGUAAGGUUAUUACUAUAACUUAUUCUCAGUGGCUUUUCUUUUCAAAUGUAAAUAAUAUGACACUAAUGUAUCAAUAUAAAUACAUUCCAUGGUUGUUAGUAACUCAUCAGUGUUAAUGCUAUGUGAUAAACUGUUGAAAAAUGAUUGUGCUAUUUUGUUAUUUAUUUUUGUUGCACCUUGGUCCCACAAAGUAGGUCAAAUCAUUACAAAAGCGUUUCUCAAACUGUGGGGCACACCUCCCUGCUUACAAGGAGGGUGUGGAGGCUUUCAAUUUAUAUUUCAAGGGACAAGAAAAAAAAAUUAUUUCUAUUGUAUCAAUAAAUAGAUGUUUAAAUAUUAAAGAUACGAUAACAUGAUUCUUUUUCACUUAUCCAUUUGUCCAUUGAACCAUUGGGGCAUGAUUAAGAAUGUUUAAACAUUUAAAAUGAUUCGAGUAAGAGACCUCUGUUUCGUCUAAGUAUCAACUUAUAGCAUUUUUACCAUUCUCACACGAGGCAUCUGACCAGGAUGAACUGAAAACUUUUUUUUUAUGUCGUGACUAAUGUGAUUGUUUUGAAAUUUCUCAUGUCAGAAUGGUUUAACUUCUCCCACCUGUCAUACAUAGUUCUCUUGAUGACUUUUACAUGACAAAAAAAAAUGGUUCAUUACAAACAUGCAUGCAUUAUAUGUACCUCAAAUUUCCUUCCCAUUAUAGUAUUGGCCAGUGCUGCCUUCUUCAUUAUUUGACUAUAUAAUCUGCUGCCAUUCCACUAUUAAUUCCAGAAAAAAAUUUUUUUUAGUGCCCAAAAGUUUUAAAAUGAUCUACAAAACAAUAUUUCCAAAUAAAAAAAAAGAGUCUAUAUGAACUGACUUUAAUAAACAUUCAUUAAGUAAAUUUAGAGUCCAACAUAUUGUACAUAUAUGAGCACAGAAAAAAUGGAGAUUUUCAUUAUAAUUAUAUGUCUCAAAGCUUUUUUUCCUUUUAAAACAUUUUUAAAACCCUCCUGUCUUUGCUUAUAGGACUCCAACAGAAUCUCUGGCUGUUUUUUUUUUUUUAAUAUAAAAUUGGGGUAGGGGCACUUUAGUUUAUCUAUGCGGGUGCCAGGAUAAAAGUUAGAGAAACAUUGCAUUGGAAGAUCAUUUAGCAAAAGAUACUUAUUUAAUUAAUUGGAAUAAAGCUAUGUUAUGGACUUUUUUUUAAUUCUAAAUAUUAACCAAUAAUAAUGAAACCAAUUAGAUUGACUUUAACUAAACAUGUAAUUAUUUAAAUUAUAACUACUAGUUAAGUAGAACAAAAAUAUUUAUGACUCUGUAUGAAACAUAAUCACUUUUAUUUUACUAUGUGAUUUAUAUUUAUAAAACAAAACAACUUAUGGUUUCAAUAAACAAGAAGUCGAGCUUAGAAUAUUAUUUUAAAUUGUUUAUUUAUUUGUUAAUAGUUUACUAGAAUUUUCAUUUUAAUUAUUUAAAAAAAUCUUUGCCUCUGAAAAAAAAAAAAUUUGUGGCAAAGGCCUGUUCCUUUGUUUCAGUUCCAUAAAAUACUUUAUUAGGCAAGUACUUACAAUAAUGUGGGCUUUUCAGUGGAUCAUUGUACAUUCCUUGAAACGUUGUUUUUUGUUUUUUUUAACUGUGGAAAGAAAUGGUGGAACUUAUUGAUGACAAUAUGUUUAUAAAUAUAAUUUUGAAAUGCCCAUUUUUUUGGUUACAUUAUGAUUUUUAAUUCAAUAAAUAAAGAACAUUAUAUAAAUAAUU